AUGAGGCGGAGUUACACCCUCAAGGUUUCCAUGGGUUGGGAGCAGGCGGCGACAACGACGGCAUCGGUUUUGGCGUCGUUAGAGUUUCAGUUGGAGAACGCGAACCUCCUGGCGAUGCGGGAAGCUGCGCUGGACUCGACCUCGGCCCCGCCGUACUUCAACGAGCUCCUCAACCACGCGUGCACGGUGGGCGACUUCCUCCUGCGACCGGAGAGGCGACAGCCCCUCGUGCUCGUGUUCUUCCCCUGUCUGCAGGACCCGGCAGAAGCAGCGAUGAACUUCAUGAGGCUGCACGGGGUGAUCAGGUUCUCGGCGCGACGAGCGACCGCGGCGGAACUCGAGGCCGAACGCUUUCCUCCCGAGUUUCCGGUGGCUGAGGGGAAGGAUGCCGGUGCCGAUGCCCCUAGCAAUUCAACAGCCGAGGACGCAGCCCAAACAGUGAGCCCUGAGGGGAUCGGAACGGUAGAUAGCAAGGGCGGCAGGAGACCACCUCCUCCGGACAAAACAUACGCCGCGGCGCACGCGGCGACGGAAGGGAGAGAGGAGGAGGCGAAGGAGGAGGAGGAAAAGAUGAUGAUCGAGGUGCAGGCGAAAGUUUGCCGGUCGAUCUUGAGCGCUGACAUCACGGAGUUGCAAUUCUUGGAGGCUUGCCCCGGAGCGUCGUACGUGAAAGAGUUUUCGGUCUGGAACAAAUCCGAGAUCCCGCUGACGUUUCGACUGGUGCCUUCGGUUUGGCUGUCGGACGAAGCGGGAGUGCUCUCCUGCUCCGACUACGACACAGGGGCUCCCUUGCCAACCAGCAGCUCCGGCCGGACCAUCGGGGCUUACGCGCACCUUCGAGUGCGCGUGACCUUCCGGCCACGAGAGGUAGGGCAGCGGGACUACCGAAUCUUCGUGGAGAACCUGAACAACGUUGCGGACACGCUCGCUGUGGACAUCCUGACCUCGGUCGUGUCCGAGGGCCACCGGGAGGGUCUGCGAAUAGAGACGGACAAGGACGGCCUGCUCGAAGGCGGAAGUGUCCUCCAGUUCGACAAGUGCUUCACGGGCAUGCCGGUGUGGCGGAAGCUGCGGGUGAAGAACACCACGGUCCACUCCAUGGACGUCAGCCUCGGCUCCGACAGACCCGGCGAGGUUGUGUUCGAGCUAGAGAUGGACAAGGCGUCGUCGCUGCGCGCCCACUACCGCCGCCAAAGCGUUGGCUGCAGCGAGGACGAGUCUUACGCCGCCGCCGCUUCAAAACGCGGACACCGCCGAAAACGCUCAGUUGGCGGCGGGGUCGGAAAAGGUGGCGGCGGUGACAGACGGUCUACCAGGAACGGCAGGACCGGUCGCAGCACUCCAGACGGCGGCAGCGAUUCCGGGCGCUCUGGCGUGGAGGCCAGUGCCGACGACGGCGGCGGAGCGGCGGUGGCGGCGGCGGCGGCGGCCCACCGCAUGUCGGACGGGGGAGACGGGAUCGGAAAGUUUUACGACUCGAACGAAUCGGGUCCCGGCUCGGACCGCGCGAGCAGCAGCAGCAGGUCCAACAUCGGCAGCGGUGGUGGCGACGACUAUGACGAGGACGGAGAGGACGAACAAGAGGAUGAAUACGCUGCUGACUACCGUAUGGGCGGCGCCGCCGGCGCUUCCGGCCUCGAGCCCACGUCCCCUUCUGCAGACGGCGGUGGGGUUUCAGCCGCCGCGGCGCGGGCCCGUUUCUCGGGGAGAGGGAGUGGUGGGGGCGUCGGCGGCGGCGGGGGGGACUCCGGCGGCGGUCUUCUCAGACACGGGAGCGGCCGGAGGGCGCGGGGCGGGGACGGGGGCGGGGGCGGGGGCUGGGGGUCGUACGGCGAGGGGCGGCGAGGGCGCCGCAGCACCUACGGUAACGACGACGACGACGAGGACGAUGAGGACGAGGACGAGAUGGACGUGUUCAAAUACAGACGCACCGCCUGGCGCAAGCGCCGCCAUAGUCACAAUCUUCAUUUCGGCGGGGGCGGGGGCGGGGGCGGAGGCGGGGGCGGCGAUCUGUGCGCCUAUCAUGGUGGUGGUGUAAAUAGCAAGGUUGUCGCCGGCAAUAACAGCGGCAGGUUAGGAGGAGGCGGGGGGAAAGGCGGUGACGGGAAGGCCGCGGGAGAUUCAUUUUUUAAAGGAGAGGGAGAUUGUCGGGUUUGCGCGGAUGCUUCAGGUCGAGCGUGGAGGAAGGGGACAGCUGGAUGGAGAGACGAGUGGAGCAGCAUUGCAGGUAUGUACGAGGUGGGGUGGGUGCAAGAAGAGUAUGGAUAA